AUGUACCACUCCGGUAUUGGAGGCGGUGGUUUUAUGCUGGUUCGCGGGACCAAUGGGUCGUAUGAGUUCAUCGAUUUCCGUGAGACGGCCGCCGCAUCCUAUUAUCAGGACAUGUAUGUCAAUGACACGGAUCUUAGUCUGUAUGGAGGGCUGGCUGCUAGUGGUGUACCUGGUGAAUUGCGUGGACUGGAAUACGUCCACGACAAGUACGGUGUACUGCCCUGGAAGACCGUCAUGACCCCGGCUGUCAACGUGGCACGCAAUGGUUUCGAGGUCACCGCAGAUACGGCGAGAUACUUCGCCUCUGUGGACGACGACUUCCUGAUCAAUGACCCCACAUGGGCCAUUGACUUUGCACCCAAUGGAACGCUGCUUCAGCAGGGUCAGAUCAUGACCCGCAAGCGCUACGCCGACACUCUCGAGACCAUCUCCAACGAGGGUGCCGACGCCUUCUACAAGGGCGCCAUUGCUGAGGCGACCAUCGCGGCCAUCCAGGCCGCCAACGGCACCAUGACCGUUGAGGACCUGGCCAACUACACCGUCGAGCUUCGUGACCCCGUCAGCAUCGACUAUAGAGGCUACAAGCUCACCAGCUGCAGCGCCCCCUCCGGCGGCGAGGUGGCCCUGUCGAUCCUGAACAUCGUCAACGGCUUCGAGGGCUUUGGCGACCCAGCCCAGAUCAACCUGACCACCCACAGGCUGGACGAGGCCAUGCGGUGGUCGUACGGGAUGCGCACCAACCUGGGAGACCCGUCCUUUGUGGCCAACAUGUCGCAGUACCAGGCCGAGAUGCUCUCCGAGGCCACCGCCGCCGAGGUCCGGUCCAAGAUCUCAGACUACACAACCUACAACAUCAGCUACUACGACCCGAGCAACCUCGAGGUGCUCAACGACCACGGCACCAGCCACGUCGUCGCCGCCGACCACAGCGGCCUGUCUGUGUCCAUCACCACCACCAUCAACACCAUCUUCGGCUCACAGGUCAUGGUUCCCGAGACGGGUGUGAUCCUCAACAACGAGAUGAACGACUUCUCCAUCCCGGGCGAGACCAACGCCUUCGGCUACGCCCCCAGCACUGCCAACUACAUUGUCCCCGGAAAGCGGCCCCUCUCCUCCAUCUCCCCCACCAUCGUCGAGUACCCGGGAGGCGGCCUCUUCUUCAUCUCCGGCUCUGCAGGCGGCUCGCGCAUCAUCACCGCCACCGCCCAGGUCAUCCACCACGCCAUCGACCAGAACAUGACCUCGCACGAGGCCCUGCUCGCGCCCAGGAUGCACGACCAGCUGAGCCCCAACUACGUGUCGUUCGAGUAUGCCUAUGACAAUCAAACCACCGCGUAUAUGGCCAGCCUGGGCCACGUUGUCGAGUGGGUGGCGCCGGGCCAGUCGACGUCGCAGGCUUUGAGGCUUCUGCCGAAUGGCACAUUUGAGGCUUCUGGUGAGCCGAGACAACUGGCUUCGGGUGGAUAUGCCAUUUGA